ACACAUCUGCUUAACAGGAGCCAGGACUAGUGGCUCAUGGGGUUAGGCUUUCAGGGAGGCCCAUGUUCUGCCUGUUUUUCCCCAGGUGAGUAUAAAACCCGGAAGCUCAAAUGUGCUUCACCCACCCACCUCUUUUCUCUCUUUCUUUUUCAAAGCAACGCUGCAGCGACAACAGAUGCUUUAGGCUUCCGCUGAAUGGCGAUUAAGCAGCUGUCUAACUUCCCUGAGGCAAGAAAAACCUGUUUUCCCCGACAAACUUGAAGGUUAGACUGUGCCAGGAGAGACUGAUGAAUACUUCAGAUGGAGCACCGGGUUCCGUCCUAGGAGCUGCCGCUCUUCCAUCCUUCUCCUUUGAAAAAAUUCAGUAGAUGCAUUCUAAGUACCAAACGGUUCGCAGGAAAUCUUAUUUCCCCACCCACUGCAAAAAAAACAAAAAGAUUCAGAAAAUGGAGGCUGGCUACUAAUUAUCAAUUUCCCUAUCCAAAGCAUUUUCUAAAAGACGUUUGCCAUUGAAUGUUUGUUCCCUUCACCUGCCAGGGAAAGGGACCCAAAGGAGAAAAAGAAACAGAGAAACCCUGUGUGCAACUGGAAAAGAUAGCAGGCUCAGCUGUGGAACACGCUUGGAGUGAAACCCAAGUCGGAGAUGAUCUGUUUCAGGAGAAAAGCUUAUUUGGCCACUGCCAUGUUUCUAGUGGCUUUUGCCUGCAUGCUGAUGAUUUCUUACCUCCGGACACAGAAAUAUUCUUUCCAACCCAAAACUGCCCUACACAAGAUCAAAGGCUUCUGCACUGGAGGGAUCGUCAAUAAUUCAAUCUCAUCUUUGAGUGACAACAAAACCUUUGUUGUUGCCCCAUAUUUUGAUAACAGGGUGAAGAAACUUGUCCGGACGAUUGGGAUCGUGCAUUAUGAGGAAGUCAAGGAAAUGUACUGCUUGUUCUGUUGCCCGACUGGAGAUGACAUAUAUAUUUCCAAGGCUUUGAUAGACAUUCACGAAGAUCGAUUUGGAUUCCCCUAUGCAGCAGCAGACUUGCUUUGUAUGGAACCCACAGAAUGCGAUCCACAGUACGUGUCUUUUAACUGGUUUCAAGGAAAUGCUGACCAGCUACCUCGCUUUGAAAUACAGAAUCGUAAGAUCACCAGCUCUCUUGUGGAUUUCACUGUGUGUAUCUCCACCAUGUUUGGAGACUACAACAACGUCUUGCAGUUCAUACAGAGCAUGGAAAUGUAUAAACUUCUUGGGAUGCAGAGGGUGGUCAUCUACAAGAACAGCUGCAGCCAACUGAUGGAGAAAGUCCUGGAGUUUUAUACCGCAGAAGGGACUGUUGAGAUAGUCCCCUGGCCAAUCACUGCCUACCUCAAUGUUUCUACUGAAUGGUUUUACAAUAAUGACGGGACUCAAAUAGGUUACUACGGGCAAAUCGCAGCCUUGAAUGACUGCAUCUACCGGAAUAUGUACAGAAGCAAGUAUGUCUUGCUUAAUGACAUUGAUGAAAUCAUUCUGCCCAAUCAGCAUCCAGAUUGGAAAACCAUGAUGCGGGAUCUGCAGGAUCAGAAUCCAGAGAUUGGUAUUUUCCUGUUUGAGAAUCACGUUUUCCCUAACACUGUCUUUACCUCUGCUGGCAUUCCAUCAUGGGACACAGUACCUGGAGUCAACAUACUACAGCACGUGUUACGAGAACCGGACAGAAAAGAAGUCCUCAACCCACAGAAAAUGAUUGUCAACCCGAGGAAAGUGGUUCAGACAUCUGUACAUUCCGUCCUCCAGGCAUUAGGAAAAAGUCUGGAUGUUCCAAUGGAUGUUGCCCUUGUUUACCACUGCCGGACCCCCUUCCAACCCAACUUAACCAGGGAAUCCCUGAUUAGGGACACAACUCUCUGGCGGUAUAACUCAUCACUGAUCAGCAGAGUGAACCACGUACUUCAAAAAAUACCCUUGUUAAAAGGAAAGCGAUUGGCAGAUCUUGAAGUGUUGAUGAAUCAGAGAUGACUACGGUAACAACUGGGAAUGAACUCAUUCUUUCUUAAGAAAGCCCAUCCAAAGCCUGACCCAAAGGGGUCCAGUGACUGGAUUUAAUGACAACACUAAUUUGUAGUUAGGUGCCAAGAAGUAACUAUGCAGAAGUGAAGUCUGGGUCGUGGAAGCUUAUGGAUAAACUGUACUAGCCUUGAAGUUGCCACUGAACUUCCAUUGAAUUUUGCUGCAAUAGACUUACAUGGCUACCCCUCUGUAAUUACGCUGCCAUGCUCGUCAGUGACAGCUAGGAAAGGAACCUCUUGGUGCAGAGGCAGAAUACCUCUGACUACCAGCUGCUAAAGAUAAUUGUUACUUUUGCAUUGUUUAAUGUUAUAAUAACAUAGCGAUGUCUGAAGAUAUGGAAAAUGUCUUAUUUUGCACCAGAAAUUGUGGCUCGAUGUAUAUGCAAGCUCAAACAAUUAAUUGACUAAAAGUCAGGUAAUUAAUCAGCUUUCGUUCACCGUGUAAUGACCAGUAAUCAUAGCACAGUAUGUAUUACUUAUAAAGUCAGGAAGAAGGGCAUUAGCAGAAUUCUUUGCAUGCCGUGCUAAUUCUCCGCUUAUUGGAAAUGAUCAAGGCAGGGGAACAAGGUAACCUGUGGACAGAAGUAUUUCAGUUGGCCUCCAUAAUCUCGUCACUGUGCCACCACCUUACUACCUCUGUGCUGGAAGUGGGUCGACAUAGGAAGAGAACUUGGGGGAUGCGGGGCAGAGAGAAGAAAAUGAGGGAGGGGAAGGAAACUACAAAGGGAAGCAGAAAUAUCCACUGCUGUCUCUGUUUUACUUUGUGAUGUCUUUGCCAACUUUGUGCUAACCGUUUGGCCUCUUUCAUUUGAACUGCAAACACAGGCAAUUCAACUGUUAUUUUGUAUAUCAA